AAUCUCUAACCCACUCAGCACUUCCGGCAGUCUUCUCCCCCGCUGCUUCUCUUUGUCCAGCUUACUCUUCGCCCCACGCGUGGACACCCUCCCGGCUGGGCACCGCUGUCUCCCGGCCUGUGCCACCGCCCACCCAGGGGUUGGGGCUUUGCGGCCUGGCCUGCGGUCUCCCCGUGCCCGGCUGGGCCGGGGAGGAACAUGAGUGAGGGCCCUCUUCCUGGCUUCGCCGGCCGCCCAGAGUUGGCCAGACAAGAUGGCCGCCGCCUGCGAGCGUCUGGGCGCGGCGCGCCGCGGGGGUGUCUGGGAGUUGUAGUCCGGUCCCGAGCGCUGACGCACUUCGCCGUGGGGCGACCGGCGCCAUUGUGCGCCGCGCGGGGUGAGUUCGCGGGAAACUUCCGCCCGUCGGAGACUGUCUGGUGCUCGACUUUUCUGCAGUCCUCCUGCUGCGGGUCCCGGACGGGCGCUGUGGUCGGUGACUGGGGUCCCGGAAAGAAGGCAACUUCCCGCCGGCUUGGGCCGCCCCGCCCCCUCACCCCCCGGGCCUGGGCCAACUCCGGAGCCAGCCGAGCGGACUCCCGGCGCCUAAGGAACGCGGGAGGGGGUUUCCUGUCGCCCGGGGCCGCGGGCGUCUUGGUGCGGGGAGUAGGUGGAGACCUCGCUGGGCGUUUUCCCAGGCGGGGGCGGGCCUCCGCCCGAGGACUCGGCCUGUCGGCGUUUCCCUCUCGCCCCCACCUCCCGGAUUCCAUCCUCUUAGGACUCGGCCCGUUCCCACGGAACCCGUUGAAGAGGAAGGUAUGGCCUCGGGGCCUCCGAUGGCCUGGUUCCAUGAACCAGUGACUUUGGAAGAUGUGAUCCUGGGUUUUGACCCGGAAGAGUGGGGAUUGCUGGACCUUGAACAGAAGUCCCUGUACAGACAGGUGAUGCUGGAGAACUACAGAAACCUGGUCUCAGUGGAACAUCAGCUUUCCAAACCAGAUGUGGUAUCUCAGUUAGAGGAGGAGGAAGAGCUCUGGUCGGUGGAGAGAGGAAUUCCUCAAGACACCUUUUCAGGGUGUUCUAAGGCUCAGCUGGACCCUCACUUGGAUCCUCAUACUACUGGGGACCCCCUGAUGGAGAUCGAGGUUGUUGAAGUCCUCACACUAAACAAGGAGGUUGCUUGUUCCCGGAAUGCCCGGAUCCGGGCCCUCUAUGCUGAAGAUGAGGGCCUGAGCCCAGAGGUCCUCGGGGAACCUGCUCAACCACCAGACAGCCAUCCAUGCCAUCCAGCUGACCGUGAGGCUGCACGCCAGCGUUUCCGGGGCUUCUGCUUUGAGGAGGCUGCUGGGCCCCGAGAGGCCCUGGCCCAGCUUCACGAGCUCUGCCACCAGUGGCUGCAGCCUGAGGCGCACUCCAAAGAGCAGAUGCUGGAGGCACUGGUGCUGGAGCAAUUCCUGGCCGCACUACCUGGGAAGCUCCGAGUAUGGGUAGAAUCACAGCACCCGAAGGACUGCCAGGAGGCGGUGGCCCUGGUGGAGGAUGUGACCUGGAUAUCUGAGAAGGAAGCAUCACCUUCCCUGGACCCUGCCUGCUCUGUGGAGACCACAGCCCAGCGGGAAGAAAAGGAGAGCAAGACCACCUGCCCAGAGAAGGCACUGCCUGAGGAACCAGUGACCUUCCUAGAUGUGGCUGUGGACUUCAGCAGGGAUGAGUGGGAGCUGCUGGGCCCAACACAAAGGACUGAGUACCACGAUGUGAUGCUGGAGACCUUCAGACACCUGGUCUCCGUGGGGUGGGAGACUACACUGGAAGGCAAUCAGUUAACCCCAAAGUCAGCUGUUCCUGAGGCAGAACCAGCCCGUGACCUGAAAGUGGAGGAAUUCUCAAGGGCCGAAGCCUCGUCCUCUAACUCUGGAGAGGCCUUGCAGGGUGGGGUCCUGGAAGUUCGGGACACAGCACUGCAACCUGUGGGGCUGACUCAGGAAGAAUCCCUCUCUCAGAAGCAGCACUGUGACAGCCCCAAACCCCAAGCAAACACGGGUCUUGCCGCAAGCCAUGUUUCACUCCAAAAAACUCUACCUAGGAAACACUUGCACAAGCGUAGUUCACAAGUUAAAAUGGCAACACAUAAUUCACAUGUAAAAAUUCAUCAGAAGAGCCACAAAGGUGACAAAGCCAGGGAAAGUAGUGGUUGUGGGCUCCUCGGCCGGAGCACCCAGCAGGUUACGUUCACAAAAAUUCAUAAGGGGAGCCAAGUGUGCCGAUGCAGCGCGUGUGGCAAAACGUUCCGGAACCCAAGAUACUUCUCUGUACAUAAAAAAAUCCACACAGGAGAGAAGCCCUACGUGUGUCAGGACUGCGGGAAAGCCUUCAUCCAGAGCUCCUCCCUCACACAGCAUCAAAGAAUUCAUACUGGAGAGAGACCAUUCAAAUGUCGCGAGUGUGGGAGGACUUUCAAUGACCGCUCAGCCAUCUCCCAGCACCUGCGGACUCACACCGGAGCCAAGCCCUAUCAGUGCCAGGUCUGCACAAAGGCCUUCCGCCAGAGCUCCCACCUCAUCAGGCAUCAAAGGACCCACACCGGGGAGCGCCCCUACACGUGUAACAGAUGUGGAAAGGCCUUCACCCAGAGCUCGCACCUCAUAGGGCAUCAAAAGACGCACAGUGGGGCCAGGUGUAAGAAGAAACACCGACCGCCUAGUGCUAAAGCCUGUUGAAGAGACGCUGCCUGUUCAACCCAAUCCUGCAUCAGAACCUGAAUGGGAGUGAUUGGGAUUCAGAACUGACUAUGAAAAGCAGCUUUGAAUACUGAUGUUCUCAAGACCAAAGGACAACCAGGGACACCAACCUGCACAGGCCAAUGAAAUGGUGGGGCAUCCUUGCUAAUGAAUGUAACAGUUGGAAAAACAUUUAAUUUUUUUACUGAAUUGACUUGCAGUUAUACUUUGGUUGUGCACUGAUAAUAUAUUUGUGGUAAAGUAUUUAUGUGUAUGAACAAGGACUGAGAGAGGAGAUGGAUAAGUAAACUAUAUUUCUGCAAUAGAA